AUGGCUCUAUGUAUUCAAGAGCAACCUGUUUCAGUCUUAUCUCUGGUCGAGCAAAAUCCAUCGCAGACGAAACCAAUAAGCAAGGCCACUCCAAUUAUUGAACAACUUCUUUCAACACGCAAUAUUUUUCCAAAGGGUCUUCGAGGCGGUGGCGUUUGUUUUGACUGUUUGGCAUGUUUGUGCUGCUGUUGCGCAUUAGAAGAAAUUGCUUGUUUUGAAUGCUUGAAGGACUACUAG